AUGGCAAUGGAGUCAUUGACAACAAACUCGUCCUCGGUCGUGUCGGAGUUUGAAGGGACACUUUUGAAGAACCAGGAUUCAUACUCUUACUUCAUGCUCGUGGCCUACGAGGUCUCUGGUCUCAUCCGUUUCACCAUCAUGUUGUUCCUCGACGUUCUCGGCUACAAAAACGCGGCUCUUAAGCUUAUGAUCUUUGUAGCGACGGCUGGUUUCCGCGAAUUGGAGAUCGAACGGGUAGCUAGAGCCGUACUGCCAAAGUUCUACAUGGACGAUGAUCAUCUUGGAGCCGAUGAGGUCAUCGGUAUGGAGCUGAUCGUGAACGGGUUCGGUUUUGUCCCCGGUUUAAUACGUGAAGUUGACAUCGAUCAAUCUGUUUUGAACCGUGUCGGUAACAUGUUUGAUGGUCGGAGGCCUCAUCUAGGUCUUGCACGACCGGCCAAGACGAUUUCUACAACUUUCUUGUCGUUGUGUGAGGUAAUUUUAUAG